UAAGUCAUUAUUUUGUGUCAUUUUGUGGUUAUUAUUUUUUUAUGUUAAUGUUUGUAAUAAAUAACUAUUUAAUUUACCUUAACUUGAUGUAAUAUUAUAAAUUGUUCAUUCACGUGUACAAAUUUGAGAAAGGAAAUUUAUUUUACCUAUGAAAAUGCCUCUACAUUACGGAGACAUGGGCAUUAUUAAAUCAGAGUUUCCAGCUACUGAAGAAAUAUUUACCAGAAAGGUUCGGCGGCCUGAAAAAUCAUCAGAGUAUUAUCACAGUCGUCAUAAUAUGACAAAAUGCCAAUCUUGUAUUAGGUGUGAGUUGCCAAAAUUUGAAACAGAAGCUCCUAUUCAUGAAAAAAGGAAAAAGCACAAAAGUCAAGUUCAGCAGUGUCCACCUUGCCAUUGUCAUUCUGAGACUACGAAAUAUUUAAUAGAAAGAGGCUCCAGAGUAAAACACACUGAUAAUUUGGAAGCUAUGUUAGAACAAUAUCAGAAUUAUUUGGUCGAUCCACAAAAUUCUCCAAUAAAAAGGUCAAAAAGUCCUUUUUCACUUCCUACUGGAAUGCGCUGUCGACUGUCAGGGGAUAUUCAUGGUUCUAAAAGAACACCAAGUGCCGGACAGCACCAAUCAAAGAAAAACGAAUAUUGCGAAGAAUUGCAUGAAAUCCUCACAGAAAUAAUUAAUUUGGGUUUAGUGGAUGAAAAUAUGGAAAUUUGCGGUAAAGAUACUUACAGAAAGGAACAUUUUCAACAAAAUGAACAGAUACUUGAUUAUCUGGAAGAAUCAGACUUUGAUAGCGAUUCCUCAAAAAAAUCUUCCCCAGAACAUUAUCAGAAAAAGGAUAAAGUGGGGUAUUUUGAAAGAAGUCGUGAAUCGAUUGAAAAGUGUGAAAAGGAAGGGUAUGAAGAACUGAAGCAGUCGAAACGAGAUUGUGAGGAGAUUAAUCAAUUGACUUCGGAAGUAAAAGAAUCUGAAAAAAUGAAAGGAAUUAGGCAAAAUGGGCCCGAAAGAAUGGAAAAGAAAAAAAUCAAAUGCAGAAAGGAAGGUGAUAAUCAAAAAAGGUUAUCGAAAUCUAUGAAAAAAUCACAAAUUGGUCGGCCUGUUGAUCUCCAUUCUGGGAAUAAAUCUUUGGGGGUAAAUCAGCGUUGCAAGAUAGAAGCGAGUACAAGUUACCAUUCACUUCCUAAUGAUGAUAAAGAGUUCGAUAACGAGGCCCAAAUCGAGUUUUCGAACCGAAUACAAUUACAAGAAGAUCUGGAAGAAAAUCCUUAUUCAGAAUUCUCUGAAGUACAAAAGUUUGAGAAAAAUGAUAGUGAAAUCUUAAAUUUGCCGGAUGAAAAUGAAUUGAAGAAUAAAAGAGAAGAAAGUAAUGAGGGCAGGAAGCAUCUUUACGCCGGUGGUGAUUUAGAUCUGCACGCGUGCAAGAGUUACGUUGUCGAUCUUAUUGAUAGAGCACUGAGCAACCAGCUUGGGACACAUCCAGGGGGAAAAAAGGGUGACGUGACCAAGGAAGCUUCUAGUUGGCAAGAAAUGUGCAUCGAGGUAACCCGAGCGCUGCAAGGUGAUUACUGUCAGACGUUCGCUCAGAACUUGUACAAUUUUCAGGAGAAUAUGGAUAACGUAAAGCUGUUGAAGGGCUUUCGUUGGGCGUAUGUUAAACACAUUCAAGAAGAACUUCGAAGCCUUGAGAAGAUAAUCGAUAUAUGUUCUCCCAGAAUUACUAAAAAGGAGUCUCCAACUUCUUGAAAUCCUCAAACCAUUAAACCAACGGCUCUACAUUUUUAGAAAAACAUAUGUAACUUUUUUAGCUGUGCAAUAUACG